AAAGAACAUACAACACCAAGGAUUCGCUGGUCGUCACCGACCCAACUACUGAUCUGGCGGUCGCGGGUUUGUCGAGGGGAGAGCGGACGGGAUCCCGAAUUUUCCUGCGCCUAUGGUCUCUAACGUUAGCCUGUAACGGAUUGCAAGAUCAUAUCGAAUGCCUCUCUAAUACAUCUGGCGAGACGAGAUGCC